GCUUUGUUUUGUCUCCAAGCUGUAACACAUACUUGGACACUGUAAAACCUGAUAGAGAAAUAGAAAAAAAUUCAGAACCCAACUCACAUUUCAAAUUUGAAUACCGUUUUAACCCUUCUUUUGAUCUUGUUAAUAGCUAGUGAGCCCGCGUCUCUCUCGCUCUCUUUGACCACCUCGGUCAUCACACCCUUGACCAUCUGAAUCUCUAACUAAAAAUCCUUCCUUUGACACAUUUCAUCAAACUCUUUCACAACAACACUCUCACAAGCAUGAAUAAGCCUCACCAUAGCCCUGCAAAUUGUGACAGUGAAUCAGCCACUAGUACCAGUCUUCAUAGCAUUAGUUUUUGUAGUAGUAGCACAAUUUCUAUGUCUGAGAAUAGUUUUAGUAGCAACUUAAGCAAUGCCACUGUUGAAGCAAGUAAGAAUGAAAGUGAAAAGAUUUGUUUUCUGAGUAGUGUUGAUGGAAAUGAGGGUAGUUUUAGAGGUUCUUCCCUUUCAAAGCCUCACAAAGGCAAUGACAUGAAGUGGGAUGCUGUGCAAUGUGUAAAGGUUAAGGAUGGUGACUUGGGGUUGGGGCAUUUUAGGCUGUUGAAGAAGCUUGGUUGUGGGGAUAUAGGGAGUGUUUAUUUGGCUGAGUUGAGAGAGAUGCGGUGUCUGUUUGCAAUGAAAGUGAUGGAUAAAGGUAUGUUAGCAGGGAGGAAGAAGUUGAUGAGAGCCCAAACUGAGAGGGAAAUUCUAGGCUUGUUGGAUCAUCCAUUUUUGCCAACACUUUAUUCACAUUUUGAGACUGACAAGUUUUCUUGUUUAUUGAUGGAGUUUUGUAAUGGUGGAGACCUUCAUAUGCUCCGUCAACGCCAGCCUGGCAAGCGUUUUUCGGAACAAGCUACAAGGUUUUAUGCUUCUGAAGUGCUUCUUGCGCUUGAAUAUCUGCACAUGAUGGGUGUGGUUUAUAGGGACUUAAAGCCAGAAAAUGUAUUGGUAAGAGAGGAUGGUCAUAUCAUGCUCUCUGAUUUUGAUUUGUCAUUGAGGUGUUUUGUUAGUCCCACUCUUGUACAGUCCAGUGAUGAACCCUCUUGCAGAAUAUCCGCUUACUGUAUUCAGCCAUCAUGCAUUGAUCCAGCCUGCAAAUUACCUGUUUGUGUGGAGCCUUCUUGCUUGCAACCAUCAUGCUUUAAGCCUCGUUUUCUCAACUCCAAGACAGCAAAGGCAAAAAGUGUAAAACCAAAUUUGAUAAAUUCGGAUUCACUUCCUGUACUGAUUGCUGAACCAACUGGUGCGCGAUCGAUGUCAUUUGUUGGGACCCAUGAAUAUCUAGCUCCUGAGAUAAUAAGAGGAGAUGGACAUGGUAGUGCUGUUGAUUGGUGGACGUUUGGUAUUUUCUUGUAUGAAUUACUGCUUGGUAGGACACCAUUUAAGGGUAGUGGAAACCGGGAGACAUUAUUCAAUGUUGUAGGUCAGCCCCUCAAAUUUCCAGAUGGAUCUUCCAUCAGUUUUGCUGCUAAGGAUUUGAUCCGGGGUCUACUUGUUAAGGAUCCACAAAAGAGAUUAGGAUUCAAAAGAGGUGCCACAGAGAUUAAACAGCAUCCCUUCUUUGAAAGUGUUAAUUGGGCAUUGAUUCGCAGCACUCAUCCUCCAGAAAUCCCAAAACCUGUUGAUCUCUCAUUCUUAAAUCGAACAUCAAGGUCAUCCUUGCCUCAAAAUGACAAGGGAACCACAGACUCAGAUAGUUCUUCAGGUCCUUAUCUAGAUUUCGAAUUUUUCUAAUGAGUUUUGCAGCAAUGAUGUAAUGGUUAUUCUUGAGGUGUUAUAUUGAGAUUGUUGCUGUUUAUUUAUUUGCUGAAUGAAAUCUUUUCUCCUUUACAAGAUUA